CCCCUGCUGGCGAGAGAAGGAUCUGAAUCCAGGCGGAGCGACCCAUCCUUCAAUGCCGAGCAGUCCGAAGUGCAUGGGGUGGGGGGGCAGAGAAACCUGUGAGAGGGAGCAGAUGUGAGCCGGACCACGACGGGAGAACACGCCGCAGCACCGCCAGUCCCUCCGCUAACAUGUGGCAGCCCGCGUCGGAGCGAUUACAGCACUUUCAGACAAUGCUGAAGACCAAGCUAAAUGUGCUGACGCUGAGGAAGGAGCCCCUGCCCACGGUGAUCUUUCACGAGCCCGAAGCUAUCGAGCUGUGCUCCACGACAUCGCUCUCAAAGAGCAGGAGCCAUGCUGGUUACAAGGUGACCUACUUGGGAAAGGUGACCAUCUCCGGGACGCAGUUCCUAUCAGGCUGUACAGAGUCAGCCGUGGUGACUUUAGUAGAGCGCCGUGCUUUGGCCCAGCAGCAGGGGACCUGCCCUGCAAGUAACUCCUUGCUGGAGAUUCGACCCUUCCAGGUGCGCCUGCACCACCUGGACGACCGCAGCGAGUCCCCCGUCGCCUUGGAGACGUACCAGGUGGCGCGCAUCGCCUACUGCACAGCAGACCACAGCGUCAGACCCAACGUGUUCGCCUGGAUCUACCGAGAGAUCAACGACGACCUCUCCUUCCAAAUGGACUGCCACGCCGUGGAAUGCGAGAGCAAGCUGGAGGCCAAAACGCUGGCGCACUCCAUGAUGGAGGCCUUCCGCAAAACCUUCCACAGCAUGCGCAGCGAGGGCCGCAUCCACAAGAGCGGCUCCACGGACGAAUUCGCCGAGGACUCGUCCACACCUGACGACUCAACUCCAGACGACGGCUGAAGUGGAACCCUGCCUCCUGAUCUCCAUCCUGACAGAUUGAGUGGCGACUGAACGGACGGAUCACGGCUCUCUUUCAUCUCUCCGCACUGCCUCUUUCUGUUUAGCUCUAAAAUGAACAGAUUUUUAUGAACCAACUGCCCAGGAUAAUGAUGAUGCUUCUGUCGUGAAACAGUGAAGACCUGCGUUAAAGCAAAGUGCUGCCACUUUGAGUAGAUCUCCUCAGAGUUGAUCUUGAAGAAAUUUACUGAUCCUCCCAUUCCUGCCAUUUUUAACACUUUAGAGACUUUAUAGUUCUUAAGCUAACAAAAAAAGCUAAAUUUAGUGUCUUCAUCCUACUUUGAUAAUGAUUGACCUUCUUGCUUCUAAUGAUCCAGCUAAAACACACCUGAAGGCGUUACAAAACUCUUUCUUUAAAUGAUUGGUUUCAUAAAUUACAUCGUCCUUGUUUGGGGUGAAAUCAAACACCGACAAGAACGACUUUUCACGGCAGCCUCUCGCCUGACCCCAGACAUAAACCCCGCGAGCUGCUCCUGCGGUCUCCAUCCAGUAGGUACUGAAAGAUCCAGGCUCCACCUGGAGCACCCGGGAGGACGAAGGCGCUCACGAGUUAGAAGUUCUCACCGGGUCUGAAGCCGAGACACCUUAAAUCAUCCGCAUCUGACUUGUGUGUUCAGUAAACCAAAAUCCAGGCUAUGUUCUGCCUACCAGACGAUGUGCCUCGCUUUUUUCUGGCAUCCCAGCGUUUCUGUGUGCCCACAAGUGCUUUUAUGUUCCUCUGCGUGUCGCCAUGAUCUGCUGACCUCUGUGCCGUGUGGAUGCGGGUGAGACGCGCGAGUGUGUGGAGGAGUAAAUGAGGUGGAGCAUCAGACGGAGGGAAAGUUUCCCUUCAUUCACAUGUUAGAGGAGCUCUUCUAAAUUAGCCAUGGUACUGUGACCAUUUGCCACGUUUUUCUACUCUUGAAUGAAAUAGGGGGGGCGGGGACACUAACAGUAUCAAUCCGAAUGUGCCAGUCACCUGACGUGGCGGGACUCCGGUAAAAACGACUCGCACCUCCUGGUCUGCUGAAUGUCUGACGUACUGUGACCUCCUGGCGUCAUCUCCUCCCCUUCAGCCCCUUGGGGGGAGCACCUCUGCCCCUCCCCAGGCUGACACCUUUCUAACACUGAACAGGCUGGCUGUGGUCUUUAGUUCAAUCAUCUGGUGUCUCUGAUCAACACAUUUACAUCAUAGAUAGAACUAUACAUACUGUACGUAUACGAAUUGUAUUUGAAUUUUUGCUCGAUAAGCUCGUGUAAAUACAAAAUGUAUCGAUUUCCAGUACUGCAGCAUAACUGUUGGAAGCUAUUUUGAAUAAAAAAAGAUGCUGAGAAAGAAGCAUGGAGGGGAGACGGUGCAGUGCGGCCUGCUGGGAGGUUAGAAGGACGUUUGGCUGCGCCAUGUCUGUCUGACAAACGAUGUUACCAUCAGUGUUUUCUAUAGUGUGUACAAAGAUCAAAACACAGAUGCUUAUAAAGUAUGUAACAAGA